UGUGCUAACAUAAUUUUCAUGGUUCUUUUUUGGAUUAAUCUAAUUUGAAAAUUAAUAUUUUUAUUUUAACACAGUGUGAUUUGGACAGGACAAGGAGCAUCGGAUGAUGGUUCCACGUAGGGACUUAGGAGAGAAAACUACGACCGGCCAUUUUGGGGAAGACUCGAGCAAGGCUGCCAUGUAAAAACUUCUAUUCCUUCUGUAUCUAAAUAAUUAUAUUUGAAAAAAACUAAAGUAAAAGAGAUUAUAUUUAGAAACGGAGCAAGUAGCAAUUGAAGCGAGUAAUAGAUCCACCCGACAUGUCCAUGUGGAGCUUAAUUCCACUGAAAGUUUUCAUCCUCGAUCCAAGGUUAAUUAUAUGAACUACAAUAAAGAACCAAUACGUCCCAAUCGGUCGACGUAAUCACUUGCGUACGUCCAUCAUACCACGACACUAUUUGAGAGACGUCCUAGGUUCACUCACUAUGCUUGCCGAUCGACUGCCACCUAUAAAUAAUGUAUAUGGUAAGAUUGGCAGAUCCAUAGCAUCCACAGCAGCAACGACACUACAGGCCACAACAGCCCAUUGCCGUCUCCGAUGGAAAUGGGUUCUUCUCCAGCACCGGCGGGCGAGAAAGCACACGCCGUGUGCCUGCCGGCGGCCGCCCAGGGGCACCUCAUCCCCAUGCUCGACGUGGCCAAGAUGCUCCACGCCCGCGGCUUCCAUGUCACCUUCGUCAACACCGAGUACAACCACGCCCGCCUCGUACGAGCGCGGGGCGCGGCCGCGGUGGCCGGCGUCCCCGGGUUUCGCUUCGCCACCAUCCCGGAUGGCCUGCCGCCGUCUGACGACGAUGUCACGCAGGACAUCCUGUCGCUCUGUAAGUCCCUCACGGAGACCUGCCUCGGGCCCUUUCGCCGCCUCCUUGCGGAGCUGAAUGACCCCGCCACGGGCCACCCGCCCGUAACCUGCGUCGUCUCCGACAUCGUGAUGGACUUCUCCAUGGAAGUGGCCAGGGAGCUCGGCCUCCCCUAUGUCCUGCUAUGGACGUCAAGCGCUGUUAGCUACGUGGGUGUCCGCCACUACCGCCUCCUCUUCGAGCGUGGCCUCGCACCGAUCAAAGACGUCAAGCAGCUGACGAGCGAGUACCUUGACAUUCCGGUGGAAGAUGUGCCGGGCCUACGGAACAUGAGGUUCAGGGACUUCCCGUCCUUCAUACGCAGCCCGGCACCGGACGAUUACAUGAUGCAUUUCGCACUCGGCAUCGCAGAGCGCGCGAUAGGCGCAUCGGCGAUGAUCGUCAACACCUUCGACGACCUUGAGGGAGAGGCGGUGGCGGCCAUGGAGGCGCUCGGCCUGCCCAAGGUCUACACCAUCGGCCCACUCCCGCUGCUGGCGCCAAGCUCAAGCAUCAACAUGAGCCUGUGGAGGGAGCAGGAAGAGUGCCUGCCGUGGCUCGAUGACAAGGAGCCUGACUCCGUCGUGUACGUGAACUUCGGCAGCAUCACCGUCAUGACCAACGAGCAGCUCGUCGAGUUUGCCUGGGGGCUAGCCAAGAGUGGCAGGCAUUUCCUCUGGAUCAUCCGUCCCGACCUCGUCAGGGGUGACACCGCUGUGCUUCCCCUUGAGUUCUCGGCUGAGACCGCCGAGCGUGGUAUCAUUGCCUCCUGGUGCCCGCAGCAGAAAGUGUUGAGCCACCCGGCUGUGGGCGCGUUCCUCACACAUAGCGGCUGGAACUCGGCAUUGGAAAGCAUGUGCGGCGGAGUGCCCAUCAUCAGCUGGCCAUUCUUCGCGGACCAGCAGACCAACUGCCGAUACCAAUGCACUGAAUGGGGCGUCGGUAUGGAGAUCGAUAGCGACGUUCGGCGUGAUGCCGUCGCACGCCUUAUCACAGAGAUCAUGGAGGGGGAAAAUGGCAAGGUGAUGAAGAAGAAGGCACACGAGUGGAGGGAGAAAGCGGCCAAGGCCACCAAACCCGGCGGUUCAUCUCACCGCAACUUCGACGAGUUGAUCCGUGAUGUGCUAGCUCCCCGCUAUGGGUAAAGAAAUCAUAGUGCAGCUGCUUCAAGGUGUUCUUUUCCCAAUCCCAGUUUUUUGGAAGAGGUCGAAAAAACUGGUCUUUUUUUGGAGGAGGUGGAUGAACCGGUUUCGGAGGAGGUAAUCUCACUAAGUUACAGCCCAAUAUAAUCAAAUAAAUUAUGAAUUAUCAGUUUUACUGCCAACAAUAGAUGUAAUUGACCCAUAGUUCUGUUUGCAAUUUGUAGUUCUUGUCCUGGUGUGUCCCGCCCGUUAAUAGUUAAUACCCCGCACAUGGAAUAAACGACCACUGGCGUACACACCUUCUUUGAACUUAUUCAACACUCAAAUCCAAAUUCAGAUGAAUUCAAAAAGAGAACGCGAAAGCCAGCAACCAGUCGUUUUUCAUAAAUACCAAACGGUAAAACAAAAACUUGACAUGCUCCAUGAUGUACAUCUCUUAGUCCACAAAGCUCGUAAAUCUUUUAUACCCCAAGUAAAAUAAGUAGAUUUUAUAAGGAGGGCACACCAGCGCGUUUGUAACUACAGGAGGGAGAGGUGUGAGUGGGAAGAGUUAUUCAGGUUUCAACGAGAUGUCGCUGUUUAUGCUUAGCAAUUCCAUUCUGUUGGCCGCCUCUGUCCGCUACUUCGGUGGUGCAUAGAGAGGAAGGAUCCCAUUUCUCUUUCAUGGUGUUUUGUAUACAGGGUCUAUGUUUUGUGUGGUGGCGCUGGAAGGAGGAGGAUGUCGUCACGUCGAAUAAAUCUGAUUUGGCUUCUAC